ACUUUGCAUUUCAGCCAAUACAAUGAAUUGCUCAAUUCCCAUUAAUAAGGAAAUAAAUUACUAUUUCCUUGAUGACAAAUUACAAUCAUCAGUCUUAAUCUUAACCACCUACUAACAGUAGUAUAUAAUAGUUGAAGACUUGUAGUCAAAUUUGGGUUCUCAUUACAAAAUCAGAACUCCAUCAUCUGAAAAAACUGAUUGUUUUUUCCAGUUUAACUUUUACAAGCAAUUUUCACAUCAAUUUGAUCAAUUCAUUCAGAAAAAUAUCAACUGUUGUGAUUGUUAAACUUACAUCACAUCACUCUUUGGAGUUUGGGGAAGCAAGUACAAUAUUAAUUGAGAAGGUAACAGAGAGGAGUUUAUCUGGUGGAUUAGAAAUGUUUGUGGUGGAAAGCAAAGGAGGAGCAAUAUUAUGUAUGCUGAUGUCUCUGUUGUUUUUGGGGACAUGGCCUGCUGUAUUAGCCUUCCUCGAAAGGCGUGGCCGUCUUCCUCAACAUACUUAUCUUGAUUACUCCAUUACCAAUCUUUUGGCUGCUGUGAUUAUUGCUCUAACUCUUGGUCAGAUGGGAGAUGCCAAACCUGGGAUGCCUAAUUUCAUUACCCAACUUUCUCAGGAUAAUUGGCCCUCCGUGUUAUUCGCAAUGGCGGGUGGAGUAGUCCUCAGUAUUGGAAAUCUAUCCACACAAUAUGCUUGGGCUCUAGUUGGGUUAUCAGUUGUAGAGGUGGUCAGUAGUAGCAUUACUGUUGUUAUAGGCACCACCUUAAACUAUUUUCUGGAUGACAAGAUUAACAAGGCUGACAUUCUUUUUCCGGGUGUCGCAUGUUUUCUGAUUGCUGUCAUUUUCGGCUCACUUGUUCACUCAUCAAAUGCAUCCGAUAACAAGAGGAAGCUCAGUCAUUUGUCAAGUGGUGUUACAGACAGAGGUAACAAAAUAAAUUCUGACAGUACUAAGGGUGCUUCAAGCUUGACUCAGACAUCUAUCGACAAAGCUAAUUCAAUGGAUCCUGAAAAUGGCAAAGAAAGCAAGGUAGGGGCAGCGUUCGGGACUGCAGAAUUCCUGAUCGAACUAGAGAAUAAGAGAUCCAUAAAGGUGUUUGAUAGGAGUGUUUGGCUUGGACUCGCUAUAACUUUCUUUUCCGGAGUCUGCUUUUCUCUCUUCUCUCCAGCAUUCAACCUAGCAACAAACGACCAGUUUCACCUUCUAGAGAAAGGGGUUCCUCAUUUGGUUGUUUACACCGCUUUCUUCUACUUCUCAGUCUGUUGUUUCGUGGUUGCUAUCGUUCUGAACAUCAUAUUCCUAUACCGCCCUAUCUUAAACUUGCCAAAGUCAUCAUUUAAGGCCUACUUGGCAGACUCGAAUGGAAGAUGCUGGGCCUUUCUUGCAGGUUUUCUCUGUGGUUUUGGGAAUGGCCUUCAAUUCAUGGGAGGUCAGGCUGCUGGUUAUGCUGCUGCUGAUGCUGUUCAGGCACUGCCUUUGGUGAGCACUUUCUGGGCCAUACUUUUAUUUGGAGAGUACAGAAAAUCUUCAAGAAGAACAUACAUUUUGUUAGUUAGCAUGUUGCUAAUGUUCAUCGUUGCUGUCGGUGUCCUCAUGGCAUCUUCGGGACACAGAGAAAUGAUUUAGCUUCCAUGAAACGUAAGUAGGCAUUAUAAUUGCAACAGUGCUGACUUAUUCUGUGCACUGUCUGAAACUUCCUGCUAGUUGAUAUAAAUCUAAAAACUUCACUAGCGUUUUGUAUAUGGCUCCUCUCCCCCUCUCAGAAGUGCUCUUACUGCAGUUUCUGCAUUAAGAUCUGGUCAUUCUUAUCACAUCAUUUUUCGAUUA